UGCCGAAUGUUUUUGUUUUUAUUUUUGAUAACCAUCUGUAGCUCUGUCCCACUGAAAUAAACAAAACGAUAACAGUUGUUUUUGUGUGUUCGAAUUGCGAAUAGCAUGGAAAAAUAUACCAUCAGUAAUUUGGUUGGGGAAGGCUCAUUCGGUAAAGUAUACAAAGCCGUUGACAAAGAUUCAAAAGUGACGGUGGCUCUCAAAAUUAUCAGCAAGCGCGGAAGAUCGGGACGAGAAUUGAAAGGCCUUCGUGGGGAAUGUGAAAUUCAGCGUAAUCUUCAACAUCCAAACAUCAUUCGCAUGCUGGAUUCGUUCGAGACUGAAAAUGAAAUCAUCGCCGUGACCGAAUUCGCCAAAACAGAUCUGCACAGUUUGCUUCGAGAUGGUUCGCUGGGUGAGCCAAAGACACAAAAAAUAACCUACGAUCUCGUAUCAGCUCUCUAUUAUCUUCAUUCACAUCGUAUCCUGCACAGAGACCUGAAGCCUCAAAAUAUUCUGAUGGACAAAAAUAUGACCGCUAAAUUGUGUGACUUUGGAUUCGCGCGGAAUAUGACAAUGGGAACCCACGUCCUCACGUCUAUCAAAGGAACGCCAUUAUACAUGGCACCGGAGCUGUUGGAGGCAAAGCCCUACGACCAUCAUGCCGAUUUAUGGUCACUUGGUUGUAUAAUUUAUGAAAUGCUAGCGGGGGAGCCUCCUUUCAGCUCAACUUCGAUGGUUUACUUAGUUCGGCUGAUUCGAAAUCAGUACAUCAAGUGGCCCAGCUUCCUGACCGCAAACUGUAUCUCGUUUGUGCAAGGACUGCUGGAAAGAGACCCUCUGCAUCGAAUGCCAUGGGCAAAUAUUAUAAAUCAUCCCUUUGUGAAGGGACAAAUUAUGAUAUUGAAGGAAGACAUUCCGGAGUCACCCUUCACUAAUCCACUCACAGCCUCUCAGAGCAGCGAAAAAAGAAAACAAACUAAUCGAAUUAUGUAUGGGGAACAUUACGAUCAUAUGCAGUCUGGCUCGAAACAUCCACCCAAAUCGGCAAAAGGUUCCAACGAGGAAGAGUUGUCAUCUUCGAGGGAUAGUAUGAAUGUAAUUCUUCAAAGUGAUAUUGAAUAUGGCGAAACGGAUGCUGAGGAAUUUAGUGCGGUUCCUAUGCUGCGGAAUAUCAUACCAGACGGUGAGAAGAGUAAAAUGAAAGGUACCGAGGCUAUGAGAGUGAUUAAUCCAGAUGACUGCACCGUAGAAUACCAUCAUCAUCUUGGCGAAAACGCACGAGGUGUUCAAGACAAUCCGAAUUUAGUGGUGAACCAUUUUAAUGACAAUUUCCCCAUGGUGGAUAAACGAGGACAGAAAAUCAUAACCCCCAACGAGCUUGCAAACAGACUGAACAGCAUGAGUCUCCAAAAUCAGUCACUAAAAUUCAAAUGUCAAGAACUAGAACGGAGGAAACUUAGUCAAAAUAUCGACAACUUUUCGAUUCGUCUCGAAUUAGAGAAAACAUCCCAAAGUAUCACUAAAAAGUCCAUCGAAGAGCCACCGGAGUGCGAAAAGAAACUGGAGAAGAUCACUCCAACGCUUCUCCCUGGUUGGGAUUCCUGUGACGAAUCGCAAAAUCCACCAAUAGAAAAUGAAGAAUGGUUAGUGUUCCUUCAGAAGUCAAUGCAGGAAAUUCUCGACGGAGAACUGGAUUCUUUGAAACAGCAAAACUUCGUGAGCAUAAUCGUUGCGCCGCUCAGGAAUUGCAGAGCCAGUGCCAAGGUUAUCGAAAACGUUGCCCACCUGUUGAGCCUUCCGCUUGCGAUCGAUGCUCCUCCUGCCAUAUUCGAUGAUAUUCUCGACGUUUACGCCGAACUGAAACUGGUUCCUAAUCUUGUGUACGCAUCCAAGCUGUUGUGUAACAAAAAACUGACCGCUUCGAACAGCGAAAGUCAAUCCUCACCGGUGGUAGCUUUAACGCGAUCCGAUAACUCCAUCCGGCUGAUGUCUUCGAUGGACAAUAACGAGGUGAAAACACUGACCGCGGUGUACGAUCUGGUCUGCUAUUUGAUACACUCCCGAGAGAACUUUCUCAAGCAGUUCUGCGACGCCAUCGAGAUUCUCGGGGUGAAAGAACUGUUUGUGAAUUUUAUCAAUGCCGUCCGGACCAACGAAGAUUACGUGCGAUUAAGCUGCUCGGUGCUGGCGGUGUUGAAUUGUGCCUUGCGGGAGCUACCGGAGAACGCGGAAAUCAUCGAACAGAUAGUGUUCCACGAGGAUGUCAAUCUCAUCGAGAUGUUGAGGCACAGGAAUUCCGUCCUAAGACAUAGGACCUGCAUGUUGUUGCGGAUUUUGGCGAGAUUCAGUUGUUUGGCGCUACAAAAGCAUUGGAACAAUGAGAUAAAAUCAUCGCUGGAAUCACUCCUUGAGGAUCAAAAUGGUGAUGUGAAGCUGGAAGCAAAGUGUGCCCUCGACGAAUUCCAAUAUUUGUCGUUUAUUGCCGCAGAAACUGCCUUUUGAAUAUAUUUGUUUAUGUUUUGCA